AUUUCCCGUCAUGUCAUGAGCUGCCGCCUGGACCUGUAGGAACUAGCUGGCGCAGCAGUCCACAGUGUUGAGUCAACGUUGCAUCUGCGAAGCUGAGGCAGCGGCAUCACUGCUCUGCUGUGAGGAGACAGAUGGGAUGACAUAGCGGCUGGGCCAGCUAACCUUCCUUUGACACCUGGAUGAGAUUGUGCAGAUAUUUUUCGUUAGUUAGUCGUGUUUUGAUUCGCUGUGUAGUUACAUUGCAGGCUGGUCCCCCAAUGCUCUCGGAGAGCUGUCCUCUCAUAUAUGUCGAUCUAACUUGCUGCAAGCUAGCGUUAGCUCGCUGCUGCUACCCUUCAGACAUUGAAGUGGCCACAUAAACAUGCGGAUCAUCGAGGCGGAGACCCCCGGGACAUCUCUAACGUUAAACGCUGCCUGCAGGACACGAGCUUCGACUGGCCGCUGACUGGACUCUGCAAAGUCUGUGUAGAGGGGAAAGAGUGACGGAUCUCAAGGACCAGACUGCCCACUGAACUUUUCGUCUCAAAGACAGAUUCGCCAGGGACCAUGCUGACCAUCCUCGCUGCUGGGUCUGUGUUCUUUCCAGGCCUUUUCCUUCUGUCCAAACAAUGCUUGAAAACGAUCCCAGCGCUGAGGUGGAGCGAAGGAGAUGCAGUUAUUGUAUCUGCCAGGUUGGUGUCAUCAGUUCAGGCAGUCAUGGCUUCCUCAGCUGGCUACAUCAUUGCUUCUUCCUGCGAGGACAUCAUCGAGGACCAGCAUUGGCUGACUAGCACUUACAUCAUGUUUGCUGUUCCCUACUUUGUCUAUGACAUCUACGCAAUGUUCAUGUGCUACUGGUACAAACUACGGGUCAAAGGGCAUGAAGAGGCUUCAGCAGCACCACAAUGCAUGAGCUCAGCUCUGACCAGCUACCUGCGUCGCGAGUUCCUCAUGGUGCUGCACCACGUUGUCAUGGUCACCGUCUGCUUCCCCGUUUCUGUGUUUUGGCGACAAGGAAAGGGCGAUUAUUUCCAGGGUAUAAUGUUCAUGGCGGAGCUCAGCACUCCGUCUGUCUGCUUAGGAAAAAUACUCAUCCAGUACAAACAGCAACACACUCUCCUGCACAAAGUGAAUGGGGCUCUUAUGCUGAUCACUUUUUUCAUCUGUCGAGUCCUCCUCUUCCCUUACCUCUACUACGUCUAUGGAAGGUACGCGUCUAUUCCCUUCCACAUGGUUCCCCUGUCGGUGCCAUGGCACUGUAACCUCGGCGCCGCUCUGCUCAUGGCCCCCCAGCUCUAUUGGUUCUCCCUCAUUUGCAGGGGUGCCCUGCGACUCUUCACAGGUUCCUCCCGCUCUCAGAGACCGCGCUCCAGCAUAGCCACAGCCAAGGAGCGGCAGACGGAUAGCAACACGCUGCCGCAGCCCGCCAACGGCUACAGCACGCGCUCCACAGAGCCCGAGCUGGCCACCCACUGAAAAGGGUGGCGGGGAGGGUGGGGAGGGAAGGAAGGCGAAUGUACCAAUGAGUAUGUAAAGGAAGGAUAACUGUGAGGGGAAGAAAUGAGACUUGAAACAAGUAGCAAUAUGACGAAAGCUACAGACAAUGGCCUCAAACAACACUGAAGUUUUUGCGGCCAGCAGACAAACACCAAGUGUUUGCUUGCUGGCCUUCAAGCACUUCAGCUUCUCAGUUUGUAGGAAACAAGCAGAGUGUUUGCACACUCAGUAUUAAAGAUGUCAUCAGGCACUGUGACAGAUAAGAACAUGUACUGACCUGAGAGGAAUUUGCCUGGAUGUAUAGCAAGCAUAGGUGGCUAUUUCCCUCAUGUAGAUCAAAUUCAGUCCUCUCUGCCUCACUGUACAGGAAGAGCAGGAAAAUAGGAAUGUAUUAUAUUGUAUGUUAGUACAUUUGCUGUAGAUGGAAGGCCUGACUCAGCUUAGUAAUGAAGAAGACCUUCAAAAAAGAAAAAAAUCCCGGCUAAGCAGUAUUUUGACUUGUUAGUGUUUAUUAUCUGUAUCCUCUAUGUAGUCACUGUCACUCUAACAAAAUGUAACCAACCUGCAGACUGACUCACCCUUUUUAGAAGGGAGAUAAUCUCAUAAGACUGUAUUCUGCUGCCUUAUCCCUUUUCUCCCAUUCUUCACACUUUCUUUACAUUUUAAUUUAUUUUUAUCCUCAGAGGAGAAGGAAAAGGCUCCCUCAGAUGGACAAAUGUGACGGGUGUACAUAGCUGAUGUAAAAUUGUCCUCAUUUCCACGUCAGUAUUAGGUCUAUGUUGAUUUUUUUUUAAGAGUUUGUCUUAUUUGUGCAGCGCAGUUUUUUCAACGAUGACACUUCAGCAUUAAAACCUUUCAGUUUUUCAACUCGGUGUACACAAACUUCCACAAACCGUACAGCAGUGCUUCUUGUUUCAGCCUAGAUACAACUUCAUUCCAUUUACUUCUGUUACAAAGUGUUUUAAGCAUUUUACUUUUGAAAAAGUGAUGCACCAAUGCAUUCACUUUGAAACACAUUAAAAUGUCUUUUUAGUUGAUUUCUGAUGUUAAUCUCAAGCUGUUCAUUUGAUUGGUUUCACUAAGGGAUCCAUGAGAUUGGAGCAUUUUUAAGCUUUGUUAGGGGCCUUCUAAUGUUGCAGUUUGAAGGGGAACAAAAAAAUCUAGGGAAGCAUUCCCUUGUGAUCGACAUGCAGCACGUCCGUUACAACUUUUAACAGUUCUCUGUUUUUUAACCAUUCUUGAGUAUGACUUGUUUUAAGCCUUUUACAUCAUAUGGUUUGCAUCAGUCAUUGAGCCGUUUUUAUUUGAGCCACAGGUUCUAUGAACCUUUUAUGAACAAACUGCUGAGUUUUAAUCAUUGUCUGUUUGGUUCAAAGCAGCUUCACUAUCUUGAAAAUGGGUCAAGAAAAAAAAAAAAGAAAAACAAAGCUCAGAAACCAUAAAAACAGGGCAGCGUGUGCCAAAAAACAUCUGGACAACUGUGGGCAUGUUGAACACAGAGUAUCCAUUCCCCUGUUCCAUGAAAUCAUAAAGUACUGCUUCUUGACAAUACUAAAACAUUUCAACUGAUGUACUGUAUAUUCCACAAAAUGCUCGUUAUUUAUUUGUAAGUAUUUAUUUAUUUAUUUAUUUGGUUUGUGGUUUUGAAUGCAUAUUUAUGCAUACAUAUAAUACUAUAUGCUUCAGAGCCUUAUGUGAAGGCUGUAUUGUUACUCGAACUUAGCUAAAAUAUACUUCUCUGUCCUGA